AAGUAGUUCGGUUUUUAUUUGGACAACAGAAAACAAAUAAUAAUAUAUUUUAAAAUAAAUGACAAAAACGAAAUGGUUAAAGAUUUAUUCGAUUUAUUCCGAUGGAAAGAUUGUUGAUAAUUGAAAAGUCACGAAAGAUAAAAAUUCUCGUAAUGAAUUUGGGUAUCAUCACCAUGUAACAAACGUAAAUGGACGUAAUAUGUGUCAUAUGAAUAAUGUUUGAUGAUAACACGAUCUUUUUCGAGCCAAUCCCCGGAAAACAUUCUAGAAUAGUACAAUGACGCAAUUUUUAAAAAACAUUUACUUGCCAAUAUACGAUUAUUGUCAAUGACAAAUUCAACAUCAUAACUGUCUUCGUUAUUCAACAGGUGAAUGAAUGAUACAUCAUUAUUGCUGAUCGAAUCAUGUUUAUUUUCAGAUGAAUAAAAUGUUGCCCUUAGACCAAAUGUAAAUGGCAAUGGUAACAGAGUGGAUGAUGCCGCGGCAAAAGAUUUUGGUGCACCAUUUAUUUUUUUAGGUGAAGUCCAUGGCAUCCGAUUGAUUAAACCCCAUUCAUAAUAGGAUAAUUUCGAAUAAGCUAAUUUUCAAUGGGAAUUUUCAUAAACUCUGCAUUUGGUAGAAUGUAACCCGAACCACAGCAAAAAAGUUGACCAUGAUCAUGAUCGAUGAUCAAUAGUCAAUAAUCAAAACAAAAAUAACUCCCAGAAAAAUUUGUUUAGCAUUGAUGCCGCUCAUCCAUAAACCAUGCAUGGAUACCAUUUUUGCAAUAAAUUUUUUUUACACGUCCAUUAUGAAAGAAUUAUUUAUUAUAUCACGUGAUCAACCUCAUUGAUGAAUAUUUUACGUGCAUAAACAGAAAUCAAUCACAUUCCACUUUCAUUGAUGUAGAAAAAUACCGUGUAAUUUUUUGUAAAUAUAACGCACGUGUGUGUGUUGAAUAAAAAAGUUUUGUCAAACAAACUCGAAAUUAAUUACAAAAUUCAUCAUCAUUGAUUUAAUUCAAUCAUUCAUAUCGAUCACGUUUGAAUUCGUGAUCAACGUUUUUCGGUUAUUAUUCUGGAAUUUGCCAUAUAUCGUCAGGAAUCCUAUUGCCGAGAUUAUUACGAUGGCUAAAAAGAAUCGCAAACAACAACGUCGUGCUCAUAACAAGAAAUUGGCUCAAACAGCGUCAAUAAAAUCGAAACGAAAUUCAGCUACUGCUGCUGUGGCAGCAGAUAAUAAUGAUGAAGCAAUGAUGGAUUUAUUAAGCGAAAAAAUGGAUGGUGUCACCACACAACCAUCCACAUCAUCAUCGUCAUCAAUGCAAGGUCAUUCUGCUCAAUUGAAUAAUCAACCAUCCGGUCUACCAAACCUAGGUAAUACAUGUUAUUUUAAUUCAGUUAUGCAAGUGAUGGCACAAACCUAUCCACUGCAUCAUUAUCUACGUGAACGUUGUCAAACGGAUUUUCGUUGGAAUGCCCGUACAUUCUACUGGAAUGAAUCGAAACAAGCAUUCACAAGUGAAUCGUUACAUCUUUUGUUACCACCGCCAAAUUCGUUGACAAUCGAUUUCUUACAAUUACAGCAACAGAUUUUCUCACGAAAGUCAACAAAUCCGAGAUCAUUGUUAAGUGAUGUUCAACGUGAAAAACAACAAUUUGAAGGUUAUGCACAACAGGAUGCUCAAGAAUUACUCAUAACAUUGUUGGAUGCAUUGAAAAAAUCUGAAAUUCUUCGGCAAAAACAUGCACUGCUGAAAGGACUAAGGAUAGAGGAUCGUCGUAAUCCAACAGCAGAAGACUGUGAAAAUGCUCAACGUUAUAAGAUAACGGCCAAACAUAGCGUUAUUGAUUCAAUAUUUGGUGGCCAAUUAUUAUCAAUCAUUCAUUGUAAUGAAUGUGAUUAUCGUUCAUUCACAUUUGAAUCAUUCAUCGAUCUUGCUCUUUCGCUUGAUACGACAUUUCCACAGUCAUCCUCGAAAUCGGUAUCAGAAUCAUCGAAUACCAUCGCCAAGAAUAAACAACAACAAUCAGCCAAAAUGAAAAAAAAGAAUAGGAAAAAUAAAAACAAUGAUGAUGAUGAUGAUGAUGAAUGUGAUGGUGAUGUUGAAAGUUGUGAUGAACAAACUGCCCAGAAUCAUGAUGAAGAAGAUAAAUCAUUGGUUGGAAGAAAAAAACGACGACAAGAGAAAAAGGCAGCUCGACGUGCUGAACGUAAACAGAUGAAAAUGAAAAAUCAACAACAAACAACAACAAAUCUUGAUGAUACUCAAACAUCAUGCAAUGAUCAUGAAGAAAAUCAAAUACCUAAUGGUGACAUUACACCCUACCAUAGUGAUGAUGAAAAUUAUAUGGGCUGUGAUGACGAUGGAGACCAAUGUCAAAAUAGUGAGAAAAUUAAUAAUGAAGAAAUAGUACCAUCAGGUGAUAUUUUAUCCAACGUUGAUGAUGAUGAUGAUGAUGAUGAGCUAAAGGAAUCUUUGCCUAUUCCAGCUGCUGAUAAUUGUCAACUUUCUUCAUCAUCAUCAACAACGACUGCGAAAAUUAUUGAUGAUGAAUUUCGCUACAAAUUUCAUUUGUUUGCACAUCAACGUAUGUGUCGAACAGAUGAUGAUUAUCAGAAUAUGGAUCUCGGCGCAUUGUUACGAAGUUUUAUCAAAGAAGAAACACUUGAUGGAUCGAAUAAAUAUCUUUGUGAAAAUUGUUCCAAACGUAACGGCGGUCAGAAAAUGUAUUCAAAAGCCGUAAGAUGUCAGCUAAUUGCACUACCACCACCUGUGUUGAUAUUGCAAUUGAAACGGUUCGAAGCAUCUGGACUUGGUUUCAAUAAAAAUCGAAUGAUGCAUAAAUUGAACACGAAAAUAUCAUUUCCAUAUAGAUUAUAUUUAUCACCAUAUACAAGUCGUAUCUAUGAAUAUUUCUCACGAUUCUAUGAACCGGAAUGCGAUCCACAGGAUCUAAGCGAUUGGAAUGAUCGACGAUUAGAAUAUACAUUGUACGGUGUAGUCAUACAUUCUGGUUCAUUAAAAUACGGCCAUUAUAUGGCCUAUGUUUGUGUACGGCCUGGUUCAUUUGAUGGCCAUAAUAUUCGAAGAUUUUUACAUCUGAAACCAUUUGUAUCUGAUAUUGAACAUAUUAUGCAAUUUGUGUAUGAAGAUCUUGAUCAUAGAAAUGAAUCAUCCAAUGGAACUAUAGAACAUACGAUUAAUAAUGAUAAUAAUGAUGAUGAUCCAAUAUCAACUGAAUCGAUUAGUAGCAAUCGUGAAUCGAGCAACAAUAAACCAACCACCACUGCCGAUAAUGAUGAUGAUGAUGAUGACAAGAAUGAAAAGAAUCGCAAAUGGUAUUUCAUCAGUGAUUCAUCCGUAUCAUCGAUUACAUUGGAAUCAGUACUAAGAGAUGCAACAAGUCCAUACAUGUUAUUCUAUGAACGUACUAAGUAAAUUUUAAAUUUUUCAAUCAUCAAUCCAAUCAAUCAAUCGAAAAAGUGAUACAAAGUUGACAUGUGUGAUUUUUUUGUCCAAAAAUAUAUUCAUGAUUAUAUUAAUAGUUCAAUGUGUGUUUGUAUUUUUCUAGUUUU